CUCGCUCUCAACUUCCAACCCUCCUCACAUCAACAUACCCUACCAAUGACGGAGUACGACUACUCCCCGGAGGCCCACGAGAGGUUCCAGGCCAAGAUGGCCGGCGUCGGGAACUGGGUUGUCGAGCAGAAACACCAUGCACCCAAGUACUCCAACCCGUUUACCCCGGAGCAGGUCUCCUCAUCGUCCCGGGUUCACUCCCCAUCGCGCCCGGAAAGCAGCUCACGCCACUACGACCAACGUCCACAACCCUCGCGUUCGCGCACGCUCCCCGCUCCCCCAUCGGGUUCCGGACACACGUCCCGAGCGUAUGCGUACGCGCAACACGAGCCAAGCGACGCCAACACGCGCCAUCGUUCGGCGCGGUCACCGCAACGCUCAGGCUCGCUACCGGUAGAUCCGCGGUACGCCACACAUGUCGCAGCGCCCAUUCCUCUCGCGCCCCAUCAAGUGGUGCCGCGGACAUCUCCGGUGACCUACGCGCCCCCCGCUCCACCAGGCGUUCGCACUCGCCAGGUCGAAUACGCCUACAAGCCAGGCCAGCCCAUCGUGCUCCCUCCCCCGCGUCGAGGAGAGACCUACGUGAUCAUCCCACCAAAGGGCGGUCGCGUCGACGUCAUUCCCGACCCGCGUUCGUCAUCUUCACACACCCCCUACCAAGAAAAACAAUGAGGCGCUACUGAAGCGUCUCCUCAACAACCUCACGCCGAACAUCGAGUGGGGCAACUCGUCGUCGGGCACGCGAUCAUCAUCACGUACGCUCACGCGCGAGCCUGGCAGGCGGCGCUCGACCUCCCGGUGACGGUCCGCACGCGCUUGUCUAUACCUCUUCGACCCUUCUUCCCGCUUCCUUCACCCCGUUCAUCUCCGUUCGCGCUACACAUUCCUUCGUCCCAACUGUGCUCUCCGACCCAAAAUUCCUGACACUCGCUAGUGUGCGUUACACGUUUAGAUAAUGUUAAUACAUUCAUGCCGCGUUCGUAGUACUGUACCGCAAGCCUCCGUUAUAGUAGUUGUAUCCUUGUAUGUAGAUGCCCCCC